CAUGUUGCUUUGCAUAAGCAAGGAUGAAAGUGGAAAGUUUGUUGUCUUUCCCCAAACUGCGAGGAUGGAGACUUUGUCGGAGGGGACGCUGGAGGGCUCUUAAGUCACAGAUUCUUGCAGCCAGUCUGACCUGCAUGGUACUUUUUGUAUACGCAUGUACACAGGAUUUAUUACAAAGCCCAGUGCAUUUUUCAUUGCUGUGGGGAACUUCUCAACCGAGACAGGUGACUCUCCUAAUCUGGUACGAACCGUUUGGCAAACGGAGGCGGCUUGGAGACUGCCACGUCCUUUUCAACAUAACCGGUUGUCACCUAACCACUAACAGGAGCCUUGCCCAAGAGGCUGACUCCAUCUUGUUCCAUCACCGGGACAUUGGAGACUUUGCUGAAUUUCCUUUUGAAAAACGGCCACCUUCCCAGAAAUGGAUCUGGAUGAACUUUGAAUCCCCGUCACAUUCCCCUUGGUUGUCCUCCUUAAGGGGAGUAUUCAACUGGACCAUGUCCUACAGGGUAGACUCGGAUGUAUUUGUUCCAUACGGCUAUUUAUUUUCCAGAAAACGCUCGAAAAUAAUACUCCCACGCAAGAAAAAAAUGGUGGCAUGGGUUAUAAGCAACUGGAACGAGGACCAUGAAAGAAUUCAGUAUUACAACCAGCUGAGGGAGUACAUCGAUAUCGAUAUCUAUGGGCGGUACGGGAUGGAUUUGAAGCAGGAUAACAUUGUGAAAACCGUGUCGGAAUAUAAAUUUUACCUCGCCUUCGAGAAUUCGCUGCACACAGAUUAUAUCACGGAAAAAUUAUGGCGGAAUGCCUUCAAGUCUAGUGCAGUCCCUAUUGUUAUGGGCCCCAGUCGGUACAACUACGAGAUGUUCAUCCCUCGGAACUCCUUCAUCCACGUGGAUGACUUCUCAAGUCCCCGGAAGCUGGGCAUGUACUUGAAAUUCUUGGAUAAAAACAUGCACAUGUACCGCAGGUAUUUCACGUGGAAGAAAAGGUACGACGUUCACGUGACGUCAUUUUGGGACGAGCACUACUGCACAGCCUGCGAAACGGUGAAGGCGGCCGGAAGUCAGCAUCGGACGGCCACAGAUCUUGCAGGGUGGUUUGAAAGCUGACAAUAGUUCCUUGUUUUGGGUCAUAAGAAA